AUGAAUUCAUUUUUCCGUCGAAACACCGUCGUUGCGCAAAAGCAACAAUCACCUGAUGAUUUUUCUGAUUAUACAAAUAUCAUUGCGUCAGAGGAUGACCCAGUCGUCUUGAAAGAAUACAUCGGAAGAUUGUAUAAAUGUAUGAAAGACAAGACGAAGAGUCUACGAAGUGCUUACGCAAAACUUGAUAAUUUGAAUAAUGAGAUUUUACAAGAACAAACACGAGUUAGCGAUAUUGAAGAUGAGAAUGAAAAUCUUCGAGAGCAAAUGCGUGAAUUGCAAGCUCAGUUGGCUGCUCAAGAAGAUAAAUUCAGAGAAUGGCAAGAAAGACUUGUCCAACAGGCAAACGAAGAACGAGAAAUUCUGGAAGAAGAGCACGAAGAGGAGUGCGUUCAACUUGACGACCGCAUUCUCAAACUCGAAGAAGCACUCGCAACAGCCAACGAGGAAAUCGGUUCACUAACUCUACGAAUUCGUGAACUCUCCGAUCAUGCCUCGGAAACUCGAUCAAGAACUGGAACACGACGUUCCUCAAUGGACUCGCGUUUCAGUGACGCGAGCACCGUGUUGAAUGCUGUGCGUCAAUAUGAGGAUGAUCGGCAACAAAUGGCGGAACAGGUUAUCGAAUUGACACAGAAAAAAUACGCCUUGGAAACUGAACUGAAUUUACUUAAAGAGGAGCAACAGGACUUAAAAAGACACAUUCGUAAAGUGAAAGAAGAUAAUGGUCGUCUAAGAAUGGAAAACCAAGAAUUGAAACAACAAAUCGGGCGUCGCGCAUUUAUAAAGGAGUUGGAAGAUAUUGAUUUAGAUGACUAA